UUAAUUGCAGAAUUAAUAGCAGGAGGAGAUAAUCAUGGAUCAACACUUUUAGUGCCAUUAUUGACACAACUUCUCGAGAAAGAAGGACAUGAGAAUGACAUUAUUUCUGUAGUGAAUCUAGUGGCAACUAUUAUCGAUAUAUUUCCAAUUGCUUCCAACCAGUUAUGCUUGCAUGGUAUUGGGAGUGCUCUCCGGAAUCUUUUCUGCGAAUCAACUUAUACACAGUCCCCACAGAUAUCCACACCCGUUUUAGUUUUAAUUAUCAAAUUUUUAUGCUCAGUGCACCAUGGAACUCUUUCUGAUGUUGAAUGUUGGCUUGCAGUGACUAUGAAGUUGAUAAAUAUUAUCACCACAAGAGCUGCAGACGGGUGGAAUCAAGAAUGUCUCAUAGUAACUGGCAUUCUUUGUUUAAUUUUGCACCAUUCUUCCAAUGAAGUGCUCAUAGCACCUUCGAAAGCCAUUAUUUUCAGCACUUCUCUAGUCUCUACAAUCAACAGCACAAUUCAUGAAGCAUGUCUAAAAGGACCAGCAUUGGUUGACCACGAUGAGGAAACAAGCUCUGGAGAAGUUUUAAUAUUUGUGCUUCUACUAAACUUCUUCUCCUUAAGAAGUUUGCACACUGUUUUACCAGGGAUUGUGGACUGGAAAAAUUUCUUUGAUCCCCCAGAUAGGUUACAGCAGAUUUCCUUUAUCCGGAUAUUCUGCCAUGACCUAUGCAGACUAUUACAUUUUGGAUCACCUUUGGUCAAACUUGUUGCUUCAUACUGCCUAUUGGAGUUGUUUACCCGAAUAUCUGAUCAGAGGAAUAGAACAGGGGAGGAGUUGGUAUGCACCAUGGACUACCUAAUGUCUGUAAUGGCUGUCCUAGAAGGCUUAAUUUUCUACAGUGACCUCAGAGUGGCUAUGAAUUGUGGCCUCUGCCUAUCAAUGAUCUUGGGUUGGGAAUUGCCGGGAAUGCAAGGAACAAUUGUGAUUACAAGGAAUCAUUGGAGUAGGAUGAUUGUGGAAGAGCUGGCAAUGUCUUUAGCAGUCCCAUGCUUAGCAUCAAAAUCUUUCAUUAAUCUUCACAAGCCUGCAAUUCAUGUAGCAGUCACAUUGUUAAAGCUGCCGAAGGUUCCUGAAUGGAUGAGAUCGGUGUUUGAUGAUUCUUGCAUAUCUGGCAUCAUUCAAAACCUUGCAGCAAAUAAUUUGAGCACAGAGAUUGUACUUUUAUUUCGAGCUCUAUUGAACUCUGAGUACUUAAAGGCGGAACAAAUUUGUAGUGUAAAUCAGCUGCUCCAGGCCUGCAGAAAACAGAAGUACACUGACAACAGUCAAGAUGAAAGUGCAAAAGAGCAUAAAAAAAAGGCAGUCGCCAUCCUGGACGACAUGGGAGAAGUUUGUGAGUAUCUCAUUCACUUGAUGUCAUCCAAGUCUUGUCUAGACAGGGAUUCUGGAGGAUUAAAUUUUGGGGAUAAGAGAUUGUUAGAAGAAAUAGAGCUUUUCUUUAAAACUUCAACAGUAACAUAG